AUGACGACGGCGCGACGCGGUCGCCAUGGGACCCUGAGCUGCGCACUGCUGCUUGCGGCCAACCUCCUAAUCCCCGCGGCCAUCUAUGUGUUUGCGACCGGCUUCUUCCCUUACAAACCACUGCUCCCCGGUCUUGCGACGUUCGAUUCUGUGACCGAAUAUGGCGAACCCCCCGAGGCGCCGUUCGACAGGCUGGUGUUCAUGGUGAUCGACGCUUUGCGAAGUGACUUUGUCUAUGCGGAAAACAGCGGCUUCCAGUUUACACAAUCACUCAUCCGCGAUGGCGCCGCUCUCCCAUUCACGGCGCAUGCGACCUCGCCCACCGUCACAAUGCCGCGACUCAAGGCGAUCACAACCGGGUCGAUCCCGUCCUUCCUCGAUGUCGUCCUCAACUUGGACGAAGGCGACGAGAGCUCGAGCUUGGCCUCGCAAGAUACGUGGCUAGCGCAGAUGAAGGCCAAAAGCGCGGGGAAGCUGGUUAUGUACGGGGAUGAUACCUGGUUAAAGCUGUUUCCGGGGACGUUUGAUCGUGCUGAGGGGACGACGAGCUUUUUUGUUUCGGAUUUUACCGAAGUGGACAACAACGUUACGCGGCAUAUCCCGGAGGAGUUGAAGAGAGACGACUGGAACACCAUGGUGCUGCAUUACCUCGGGUUGGAUCAUAUCGGCCACAAAGGUGGACCUAGGAGUCCUCACAUGGUCGUCAAGCAGCGCGAGAUGGACGGCAUCAUCCGCCAGAUUUACACCGCCAUCAACACACACGACCACCUCCGGUCCACGUUGUUCGUGUUCUGCGGCGACCACGGGAUGAACGAUGCCGGCAACCAUGGGGCCUCGUCCCCAGGCGAGACCUCGCCCGCCUUGGUGUUUGUGUCGCCUAAGUUGAGAGAGCUACAGAGCAAGCUGCAGUCGCCCACGCACGACGAUGACGGGGACUUCCAGUACUACAGCACGGUGGAACAAUCCGACCUUGCCCCGACACUGGCUGCGCUGCUUGGCUUUCCGGUGCCGAAGAAUAACCUCGGGGCACUCAUCCCUGAGUUUCUGCCUUUUUGGUCGAACAAACGAGACCAAAUUGGGCUUCUCAUGCGCAACGCCCGUCAGAUCCGAGAUAUUGUUGCGGCUGCGUUUGGGCCGCAGAUUUUCGAAACAGAGGUGGAUGAGGCCGUCGCUGGGUCAUUGUCCGACUAUCAGGAACUAGCACGAGGCUGGAAGGACUUGGCCGAGCGCUAUGGACAAGGUGCGAACGCGGCGGGGAAUGCCGAGUUAGAACUCGCUAUCGUCAAGUGGCUUCGUCACGCGCAGAGCGUCCUCAGCAGCAUGGCCAGCAACUACGACAUGCCACGGCUUUACCUGGGACAAGCUGCCGCUGUGGCUGCCUUGAUUGCUGCUGUCCUCGCUGUGGCAUGGUCUACCCCUGACACGGUCACCUCUUUUGUCCCCUUGACCGGCAUUGUUCUAACCUACGCGGUGAUGAUGUUUGCGAGCAGCUACGUCGAGGAGGAGCACCACUUUUGGUACUGGACAACCACAGCCUGGUUCGCAUACAUCGGCGUCCGGGAUUUUCAGCGGGGCCACACAUCCGCCUUAGUCCAGACCCUUGCAACGACGGCCCUACUCACCCUCACCCGACUCAUCCGCAGCUGGAACCAGACCGGCCAGAAAUUCGCUGGCGGACCCGACUUCGUCAAGACCUACCUCAAUACCAACCCCGGCUUGCUGUGGUGUCUCGUCGGCGCCAGCUACCUCUGGGUGCACCAAAGCCUGAUCUUUGGACUCAGUGGAUUGCCCAUCUGGCUCAACUACACGAUCGCCACGGGACUGGUGCUCGCGGCGUUUACGUUCAAAGUAGCCUUCACGCUGGAAGACGCCCCGGAGCUGGUGACCGAUGUGGCGCGGUGGUUCUUGCAGGUCAAUUUCACGCAGGACGCCUCGCUGAUUUCGCGGGCUCGUGCGGUGUUUAUGGGGUUGGGUUUGUUGGCGGGUGUGGUGGUUGUGUUUAUGCUUCUCCGCCGGCGUAUUUCGGUCGGACAGUCCGGCGCAUCAACCCUCCUAACAAUCUACACCCUCCUCGCGCUAACCCAAUCCCGCCCGCAAAACAUCCCCCUCUUCCUCCUCUUCAACCUCCAACACAACCUCCUCCUCCUCUGGAUCCACCCCUUCUCUUCCCGUUCCUCCCCCCUUCCUUCUUCUACUCUCUCCCCCACAGACCUAACCACCACCGCCCUCCUCCUCCAACACACCGCCUUCUUCGCAGCGGGCGGCACCAACUCCAUCGCGUCCGUCGACCUGUCCAGCGCAUACAACGGUGUAGCGCGGUACCAGCCGGCUGCUGUGGGGUUACUGACGUUUGUGGGUAAUUGGGCCGGGGCGGUGUGGUGGGCUUUGGCGGGCGCGGUGUGGUUUUUGACUUUGGAGAGCAGGCGCAGGCGCAGUGCUACUGCUACUGCUACUGCUACUGCUGCUUUUGCUGCUCCAGGAAGCGUCUGGCAGAGCCACAUCGCGACGCUGACGGUAUUUGUAGCUGGGAGCGUGGUGGCUGUCAUGGCGGCGUGCACGGCACUGAGGACACAUUUGUUUGUGUGGACUGUGUUUUCGCCUAAGUUGUUGUAUAGUGUGGCGUGGAGUUUGGGGCAGCAUUUGGUGGUGAAUGGGGUGCUGGCUGGGGUUGUGUAUGGGUUGGGGGUUUUGGAGGGGGAGGGUUCUUGA